AUGGCUCAACAAGGAGCAGUAUCAGGCAUCAACACUUCAAGGAGCAGUAUCAGGCAUCAACAACACAGCAACAAGGAGAAGUAUCAGGCAUCAACAACACAGCAACAAGGAGAAGUAUCAGGCAUCAACAACACAGCAACAAGGAGAAGUAUCAGGCAUCAACACAACAAGGAGAAGUAUCAGGCAUCAACACAACAAGGAGCAGUAUCAGGCAUCAACACAACAAGGAGCAGUAUCAGGCAUCAACAACACAGCAACAAGGAGAAGUAUCAGGCAUCAACACAACAAGGAUCAGUAUCAGGCAUCAACAACACAGCAACAAGGAGCAGUAUCAGGCAUCAACACAACAAGGAGCAGUAUCAGUCAUCAACAACACAGCAACAAGGAGAAGUAUCAGGCAUCAACACAACAAGGAGCAGUAUCAGGCAUCAACAACACAGCAACAAGGAGAAGUAUCAGGCAUCAACAACACAGCAACAAGGAGCAGUAUCAGGCAUCAACACAACAAGGAGCAGUAUCAGGCAUCAACAACACAGCAACAAGGAGAAGUAUCAGGCAUCAACACAACAAGGAUCAGUAUCAGGCAUCAACAACACAGCAACAAGGAGAAGUAUAAGGCAUCAACAACACAGCAACAAGGAGCAGUAUCAGGCAUCAACAAGCUAG